AUGUUGCGCCAGGUGACGACGCAGAGCAAGAAGUUCUCCGUUACUCUCAAGGCUGCCGCCCUCUCUAACCCCAAGCCAGUUGACAAGGGUACCAAAGAGUUCCAGAUCUACAGAUGGAACCCUGAUGAUGGUGGACAGCCCCGAAUGGAGACUUACAAGGUCGACAUGAACACUUGCGGCCCCAUGGUUCUUGAUGCUCUUAUCAAGAUCAAGAACGAAAUCGACCCUACCCUCACUUUCCGACGAUCCUGCCGAGAAGGUAUCUGUGGCUCCUGUGCCAUGAACAUCGAUGGUGUCAACAACUUGGCCUGUCUUUCGUACUGCACCGAUGUUGGGAAGACUACCAAGAUCUGGCCCCUGCCCCACAUGUACGUCGUUAAGGAUCUUGUCCCCGAUAUGAACAACUUCUACGCCCAGUACAAAUCCAUCGAGCCCUGGCUGAAGAAACGAGACGAAACUCCACGAACUACCGAAAACUACCAGAGCGAGGCUGAUCGAGCAAAACUUGAUGGACUUUACGAGUGCAUCCUCUGCGCCUGCUGCUCCACCUCUUGCCCAUCCUACUGGUGGAAUGGUGACAAGUACCUCGGCCCUGCUAUUAUUCAGCAAGCUUACAGAUGGCUCAUCGACUCUCGGGAUGAUUACACCGCUGAACGACUUGAAAAGAUGAACGAUGCUUAUUCCGUCUUCAAGUGUCACACUAUUAUGAACUGCACGAAAGCUUGUCCCAAACAUCUGAACCCAGCCUGGGCUAUUGCUGAGAUUAAGAAGAUGCUGACGAACCACCAGACGCCCUCCAAGCUCGAGCGUGUUGAAGGAUAA